UAUUUAAAUCAUUUUACGUGAAAGGGGAAAUUACCCAGCAAUACAUGCGAGAUGAGAUAAAUACAAUGCUUAUAACAGGAAGUGAAACUACAGCUAUUACAAUGUCUUUUUUAUUUUUAAUGCUGGCCUCCUUUCCAGACAUUCAAAAUCGAGCAUACGAAGAGUUGUACGAUAUGUACGGCUCAAGCGAUCCGAAAGAUGUUCCUAUUAAAUACAAAGAUAUUACUGAAAUGGAAUAUUUGGAUCGAGUAAUAAAAGAAACCUGUCGUUUAUUUCCUCCAGCUCCAUUUGUUGGUCGAACAGCAUCUACCGAUAUAAAAGUGAACGAGAAUCUGGUAAUACCGAGAAAUAGCUCUUUGAUAUUUUCUAUAUUUACACUUCAUCGUAAGGAAAAAUAUUGGACAGAGCCAUUAAGAUUUAACCCGGAUCGUUUUUUGGAAAAAAAUUAUGAUUCGAAGUGUUUUUUACCAUUUGGCUCUGGCAAAAGAAGCUGCAUAGGGAAAAAAUUUGCCAUGUUCCAAAUUAAAACAAUAACUGCUAAUAUAUUAAGAAAAUUUAUUGUUACAAUAGAUCAUCCAGUAUCAGUUAAAGAUGUUAAUCUGAAAUUCACCGUAACUUUGAAUCCAAGGGAACCUAUAUAUUUAAGAUUUUACAAAAGAUGA